CAGCUCCCUGCAUUUAUUCAAUAGUCCCCAGUAAACAAUUCAGCUGUGCAUCAUAGCUUCACCAUAAGGCUUAGAGUCAAAAACGCCCUUUUGUUUCCCUAUCGGCUACAGAGCCGGCAAUUGUCUCCGCAUCUACACUAUUACUACAGCAGCCGGCACAAAGCCUAAGUGGGGUUGAGCCAAACGUCUGCCAUGCGGCUCUCUGCGUGACAACUUGACUUUCUUCAUUGCACGCACCGCCAUUCUAUCCCGUGAAUUGCCACCAGAAAAGAAGUAGCAGCCAUGGCAACAACCACAUAUUCCAUUAGACCAGUAGACAAUACACUCAAGGGCAGAUUGGCCUUGGUUACAGGAGCUAGUGGCGGUAUAGGAUCAUCUUGUGCGAGGGCAUUGGCAGCAGAGGGCUGUGAUGUUGCUCUUCACUAUUCUUCCAGCAAGGACAAAGCCGAUGCGUUAGCCACCGAACUCAAGGCGCAGUUUCCAUCACAGCUCUUUGUAACCAUCCCGGCCGACUUAACAGCGCGCGACCAAACACGCAACCUCGUACCAAAUGUGCUCGUGCAUCCCGACGUGCAGGCCAAGCACAAGGCCCUUUCUGUACUGGUUGCCAACGCCGGCAUUGGCCGCCGAAUCCGCGACGUCAAGGACAUUGAAGAAGACGACUGGGAUUCCAUCAUGGAGGUCAAUGCCCGCAGCCAAUUUGUGGUGACCAAGGCUGCGGUUGCCUCUAUGCGCGAACAGGAAUGGGGUCGUGUGAUCCUGGUAGGAAGCAUUUCGAGCCAUGGCGGAGGCUUAAACGGAUGUCACUAUGCUGCGUCCAAGGGUGCCAUGUGCUCCAUGGGGAAGAAUUUGGCGACGAUCCUUGCUGCGGACGGCAUCACCGUUAAUACGGUUUCGCCUGCCAUGAUUCAGGCGACAGGCAUGAUCCCUACGCCGAAGAAUACGACUUGGACGCGCGGCGCAGAUCUCGAGGCCAUGGCCGCGGAGGAUCCCGGCCUGGCCAUUGCUGCCGGGGUGCCUGUCCACCGUUUGGGCAUCCCCGAGGAGGUGGGCAAUGUUAUAGCCAUGUUCGCCAAGACAGGUUAUAUGACGGGCCAAGACGUGUUGAUCACGGGCGGGUUGAAGUAGAACGUAGGCGAGUGACAUGUCUGAAAUGAAAAAAAAUAUCCAGUAAAUUAUCGAUGUAGCGAUUACAAUACUUCUAUACGCCUCCAACAACAAUAACAAACAUUGUGUUUUCCUUUUUC